GUGACCAUUGAGGUGGUGGAUGACCCUAACAUAGAAGUGGAGAUGGAUCUGGUAAAGGACAAGGACUGGAUCCCUCCUUCCUCCCCGUCCACUGUAGACUGGCUGGGCGGUAAGAAGCUGUUCUGGCCCCUGUUCUGGGGCUACACAGACGCUGACUCCAGUGAGGAUGGGACGGGCCGCUCAGGACUGGAGGAGACUGAAGAGGAGGAGGGGGAGGAGGAGGAUUACCUGUUGGAGUACGGUAGUGAGGAGCCCCUCCCAAGUGGAGUGGGGGGAGACUGGGACAGUCGUUGGAACGAGGGUUGGGACGCCACUCAUAGCUACUAUGAGGAGGGGACGGAGGAGUGGAGUGCCUGGUCUCUGUGCUCAGUCACCUGUGGUCAUGGAGAGAGGAAGAGGACACGGUCCUGUGGUUACAGCUGCACCCUGACAGAGGCCACCAAAUGUGACAUGGAGCCUUGUCCAGACGAUGUCAACACAGUGGCUGAACCUUUCCCCUUCGAGAUGGAGAACGGAACUGAACCGUUUGGCACAGAUGUGGACACAUGUGAGAAGUGGCUGAACUGUAAGAGCGACUUCCUCCAGAGAUACCUCAACCAGGUCCUGUCAGAACUACCCAGCUGCCCCUGUGCCUACCCCUCGGCCGUCGCCUACACCGUGGUCAGCGUUUUCGACGAGGGACACGACCGGACCUUCCGUUGGCAUGAUGCCAGUGGCCCUAAAGAACGCCUGGACAUCUACAAACCCUCUGCGAGGACUUGCAUCCGCUCGGCCCUCUCUAGCGAUGUCGCUACGCUCGGCGCCCAGCACUGUUGCUACGACGACCGUGGCUGUCUGAUCACACGGGGUAAGGGUGCGGGGACGCCCAACCUGAUCAGCACGGAUUUCUCCCCGGAGCUCCACUUCAAGGUGGACGUGCUUCCCUGGAUCCUGUGUAAAGGGGACUGGAGCCGCUUCCACGCGGUGCGGCCGCCCAACAACGGCCUGGUCUGCCCAGAGAACCCCCACCAUGACGUGUUCAUGAACGAGCUGGAGGAGGCCCGGGAAUACUGAGAACACACACAGCAGCCAAAACUACACUACCCAGAAUUCACCCGUACAGUGGGGCCCAAUCCUAACUUGAGAAGGGAGCGCGUGUAGGACUGUUUUGCAUAGCUUUUUGCAUUUUGCAUAUAAGGAGGUAUGGCGGUUGCAAGGUUGAGGUGCAAGUUGAUUUCAAGUUAGGAUUUGGCACAUUAAACACCCUGUGACCAGACCCAACAGAACAGAACUGAACUUCAUUGAACUGAACAACAACUAAAAAGACGCAGUCCUGUCAAUGCUUGCCGACGUGUUUCGCAUCCAGCAUGGUACCAAGCUCUCUGUCUCUCUCUCGCUGUCUGUCCCUUAGUCUGGUAUGCACUUCUGUCUGUAUGUAAGCAUGACAUUGUCGUCUAGCCUGUUGGUGGCUUGUUGUAGGUGUUGUGGCUCUGUGUGACUGACGAUAGCAACAUAAACAUCCCAAAUGUACUUCCUGAUUUGAUUUUGCUGUGUGAGAUGUUUGAUACUGUAGUAAGUCUUAUUUUGAAAAGGGGAUUGUGGAAUGUGUCAUGCCCAACACAUGAAUAUAGUCAUAACUAUGCUGCUAUGAGAAGAUUAAGUUAGAUAGGUACUGGAGGGGGAUAUAUGAUUGAACAAACAUGAAUUUGCUGAAAGGUUAUUCUUAAAAAAUAUAAUCUAAAGCUGAGGAGAGAAUUUGGUCUAAAGAAAGAAGUUUACAAGCACGAACAACCACACCCAGCACCUCAUGCUCAUUCUUGAUAACAUGCCAACAGAACAACUUCUUAGAAGCUUGGAGGUGGAGACAGUCAUCUGGUCUGGACUGAACUUCUCGUCCUCUGUUUCAACAAUGACAGUUUGAGAACCUUCAAUCAUGGAUGUUUCUACAGUUUUCUCAGGGGGACUCAUAUUGUUAGAGAUUAUAGCCCAUAUGUACCUCAACAGUGGAGCAGCAUUGGGAACCACUACUUCAGAGUGCACUUCAGAGUGCACUUCGGACUGUACUUCAGAGCGCACAUUAAAGAUGAGAAUGGUACCUGUUACGGAAAUGAAAAAGUUGGAUCUACAGUGUAAAUGGAUGAAGAGCGGAUAAAUACAGUAUUAAUUCAGAUAAAGUUAUGAAAUGAUGCCCUUUGUGCGGUUUUUGGCAAGCCAUUUUUUCUGUCAAUGUAAUUAAAGUUGAAUAGCUGUUCUAUUCCAUUGCGAUAUGUUGCAUUGUUUUUGCAAAGACUUCAUAGGAGUGGGAACUGUUGGCUUGAAGUCUUAACAUUUAUGCUCCAAACCUCUUUCAGGAAUUCAUUUUUUUUUUUUAUGUGUGCAAACAUGCAUUACAUUUUGAAAUCACAUGUUGUUGUUUUUUUAAAGGAAGGCACUUUAUUUAAGGUAUAUAUAUAUAUACAAAUGAUGGCAUGUAUGAAAAUCAAAUGUUUAUAUGUUAUAAUGUUAUAAUUGUGAAAGGGUAACUUGCCAGAAAUGCUGCAUUGUUCAUUUGUAAAGUAUAUUAUCAUGUGAGUUUCUGUUUAAUAGCAUGGUUGAUAUUUUGUGAUUUCUUAAACUAGUAUAACUAUACUCAUAGGAAAAAGGUGCUAUCUAGAACCUAAAAGGGUUCUUCGGCUGUCCCCUUAGGAGAACUCUUAGAAUAACCCUUGUUCGUUCCAGGUAGAAUCCUUUUGGUUCCAAGUUGAACGGUUUUGGGUUCCAUGUAGAACCUUUUCAACAGAGGGUU